AUGCCUGUCGAAACUUCUCCUGCGCCUUUGGACGCGUCCAAGCUUGAGAUCAAUGCCCUCGCCAACCCCAAGGCCGUUCCAGAUGCAAACAGCGAGGACCUCAUGAGCCUCAAGGCAUCCACAGAUCGCAUGAUCACGGCGACUUGGACUGCUAAAAAUGGUUGGACGAACCCUCAAGUGAUUCCCUACGGCCCAAUCGCCCUCAUGCCCUCUGCAAGCGCCUUGCAGUAUGCGACCCAGUGCUUCGAAGGCAUGAAGCUCUUCCGCGGCCACGAUGCCCGUCUUCGCCUUUUCCGGCCCCUUUAUAACUGCGAGCGGAUGCUCAAGUCUGCCACACGCAUCUCGCUCCCGGCGUUCGAUCCUCGUGAACUUCUCAAGUUGAUCCACAAGCUCUGCGAGCUCGAGGCGCCGAAAUGGCUGUCCAAGGACAAGCCUGGGUCGGCACUAUAUCUCAGGCCGACCAUGAUCGGAUCGGAUUCGAGCCUGGGCUUCAAGGUCCCGGACGAGGCGCAACUGUAUAUCUUCAUGGUGUACUGGCCGGCGCCGAAGCCUGUCGUUAUGAGUGGCGGCGCUGCGUCUCAGACCGGGACGCGGCUGCUGGCGAGCAGCGAGUCUGCCGUCAGAGCGUGGCCUGGUGGCACAGGAGCAGCGAAGGUGGGAGGCAACUAUGGAUCGGCGCUUGCAGAGCAUGCUCUGGCUAGGAAGCAGGGUUAUGACCAGGUGCUUUGGCUGUUUGGGCCUGAUCGUCUGAUUACGGAGGCGGGGUCAACAAACAUUUUUGUAUUAUGGAGAAUGUCCUCUGGAGCUUUACAAAUCGCCACCUCCCCUCUAGACAAGGACGGCCUAAUCCUUGCUGGGAAUACGAGGCGCAGCAUCAUCGAACUCGCAAAAGAGAUGUUUUCUGCUGAGGCGGCGAGUCCGCAAUUGUGGUGUGAGGUGCUUGAAAGGAAGAUCACGAUGGCCGAAGUGCAGGCAGCCUCGCGGGAGGGCAGACUGGUGGGUAUAUUUGUCGUUGGGACGGCAUUCUGGAUCCAGGAAGUCAGUGAGAUCUUCUUCAACGGGGAAAGCAUUAUGGUCAGCAUGGGUGCGACGCCACAUGUGUCACUGCUGAGGGAGCGAAUGAAGGAGAUCAUGUUUGGAGAGAGGGAGAGCGAUUGGAUAGAUAUCGUUCAAGAAUCAGACUAA